AUCUUGACUUCUGUCAGCUAACUAGUUACCCUUCUAGCUAGUUAGCCAGGCAUGCUAAUACACAUUCAGCAACGCCAUCGAGAGAGCGGAAAAAAUUGACGAUCAGCGACAUAUUUGUUUUUAAAAUCCUCCGUCUGACCUUUCUUUGUGCUGUAGCUGCGUCGGACCCGGUGUCAGGGCGAUUAACCCAGCGCAGCUGCUCGGAGCAACUAUAGCAACACUGUCAGCUUCUGCUGUUAGCGAGUAAUGUUUAAUUACACGUGAGAUUUAGAUUGAUUUAAAACAUAUUUGGUCGGGUGCUGGACGAGCAUAGCCGCACCGACGGGGCAAAGCUAACAGAAAUGUACGGAAAUGUUAAUCAUGGAUUAGAUGCGUCUGACUGGGCAGUGACUGUCAGUGUGAGCUGAUUCAGGGAGCUGGUUAGUGCUGUUUCACCAUGGCAGAUGGAAAUGAUGACGACGUCAUCCUCCUGGCCAGCUUCAACGUGCACCGUAGCCAAGGCUCUCGUGCGGGUCAGAAGGAGCUCAUCACCAUUUCAGAUGACUCAGAUGAGGAGCCUGUGACUUUUUUACCCGGCAGUCCUGUUUUAGUCCCCGAUGAUGCAGAUGAUGACGACAUCAGUAUAUUAGAGCUACCAACUCCUGCACGACGAAAUAUAAUUCGCCAAGCAGCCAAAUGGAGCGGGAUUUCAUGCAACGUUGGAGGUGAAAGCAGCACCAUUGCUACUGCUGGGGACUCUGGCUCUGUUCCCUCUACCUCCAGAGACACCAGGAUAAACCAACCAGCCAUACCCACAGGGACUGCAGCGCCCCCUGUCCCAUCUUCGCAUGCACAGCCUCAACCAAAGCAUCACACGUACACGCGGCAUCGGGACACCACGUCAGCUCGUUCUGCCUCCACAACUGCCAUUGCCAUGCCAUCCGGAACAGCCGCAAUCGUUCAGGUUCAGCCGAGCACAUCUGGACCGUCGCAGCCCCCCGCAGGCUCCUCGGCGCAUUUACCGGAGCGUCAGGCAACCACCUCUGCCAGUGCAACACGACACACCAGUGCAGUUGCGGUGGUUGCAACAUCUUCCACUGCUAAGCCUCUAGAAACGCCGAGUACAAGUGGACGACCAGUAACAGAAAGUACUCAGGCCAGGGCUUCAUUGGCACACGUUCAAUCUCACGCAUGGAAACAGCCUCAGCCUGGUACGUCUACACCGAUCCAGGCCAGUGGAGCCACAUCUACACAGCUCCAGCUCAUCCAGGUCAGGAUGGUUCUUCCACAGCAGCCAAGCAUCCAGGCUUCUGCUUUAAUAACCCAGCCUCAGCUGCAGCAUAGGCCCACGAACCUGGUGCAGCCCCUGUCGCACAAUCAAAUGCAGGGCAAUCUCAUUCAGAUUGAGCCGCAACCCCUGGCCCAGGCCCCCGCCCAGCCCGCAGCUCGGCCCGCUCAGACACCUCAGGUCAUACCAGUCAUCCCACCCGCGGUUUUAAUCGCAGCUGCCCCAGAGAGAUUAGGUCCUCCCGAGGCAGGUCACCGGAUUAUCCUGGGGAGCCAGGUGCCUGUGGAGGCUGUUCCCAAUCCCCCGCUGCAGGCCUUUGCUGUGGCUCUGUCUGCCCACGGCCACAAUAUCAGGCAGCCUAACCCCCCAGUGCCCCACAAUAGAGGAGAGGCCAGGCUCAUUUUAGCACCAAAUCCCGAACAAGUAAAUCCAGCCCCUGCUCUGGUGGCAGUACCCCCUGCACCCGAGGCCAUUCCACAAAUAGAGGACGCCAGACCCGGACCCUCGGCACCACAGGAAAGACCAGAUCAGCAGCCACAUGUUAGAGCCCUCAUCACUGGUGUUCUGGAUCUAUUCCCAGAUGUCCAAGAAGCGUAUGUAGCAGAACUGAUCCUAAGGAAUAAUGUGAAAGACUUGAAUGUGAUCUGUAACCUGCUGCUGGAGAAUCCAGAGUAUCCGAGGAGGGAGACAGCUGCAGCCGCUGCAGUUCCCACCAGUAUCCUACUGGAGUCAGGGGACACCCAGGCAGAGGUGACUGAGGACCUCUUUGAUUAUGCCAGGCUGAGCACAGUAGGGCCCGAGGUAAUCAUGCAGGCUGCUGACCUGCUGAUGGCGGACUUCAGGAUGCUCAGCUGUCAGGACAUCAAAUGGGCCCUGAACGCCCUGAAGGGACACUAUGCAAUCACACGCAAGACCUUAUGUGAAGCCCUGAAGAAGUGGCAGGAAUCUGGUGACCCAUCUGGAAAGAGACGACGGAGCAGGACCUCCUCGGAGCGCUGCUACAUUGAUUUUCACUUUCAGCACGGGUCCUUCAAGUUGGACAGAAGGAUGUAUUUUUUGGAGAACGACCGACGCUACUGCAGGACGUACAACAACUUGGAAAGUUCUGUGCAGAAGGAGCUGUCAUUCUAUCAGCGGAAGGCCAAGGAAUGGGCCGAGCAUGAAGACUUCCUCCUUGCUCUGCAGGUCAAUGAAGAUGAAUAUAAGAAGGACGGUCAACUGAUCGAGUGUGGCUGCUGCUUCGGAGAGUUUGCCUUUGAGAAGAUGACACAGUGCUCCGACGGACACCUGUUCUGCAAAGAGUGCCUGCUUAAAUACGCUCAGGAGGCAGUGUUUGGCUCCGGAAAGUCGGAGCUGAGCUGCAUGGAGGACGGCUGUCCGUGCUCGUACCCCAUGUGUGAGCUGCAGAAGGUCCUUCCUGAUAAUAUUCUGUGUAGAUACAACGAGAGGCAAGCCGAGGAGGCGGUGGCAGCCACAUGUGCUGAUGAAUUAGUUAGGUGUCCGUUUUGUAACUUUCCAGCCCUGUUGGACAAAGACAUGUCUUUGUUUAGCUGCCCCAACCCUCGCUGCCGCAAGGAGAGCUGUAGGAAAUGUCAUGUCCAGUGGAAGCAGCAUGUGGGAAAAACCUGUGAGCAGGUCCUGGAGAGAGACGAGAUUCGAAUGAGAGUGCUGUUUGAGGAGCGCAUGACAGCAGCCCGUGUGAGGAAGUGCGUGAAGUGCGGGACGGGGCUGGUGAAGUCAGAGGGCUGCAAUCGGAUGUCGUGCCGCUGCGGCAGCUUUAUGUGCUACCUGUGCCGAGAGCCCAUCACGGGCUACAACCACUUCUGCCAGCACGCCCGCUCCCCCGGUGCCCCCUGCCGACACUGUCGCAAGUGCUCGCUCUGGACUGACCCCACGCAAGACGAUGAGCGAAUCAUUCAGGAGAUCCAGAAGGAAGGUGAAGCUGAGCUGAGUAAGAAGUGUGCAGAUAAUUCGGGGAAGAGGGUUGGCCUGCCAUCGGAGGUCACCACCGAUGCUAAACGGCCACGAGUGGGUCCCCCCCCAGAAAACCCACCCCAACCGAACGCCCCGCUCCCAGCUCCUCAACCUCCUCAAGCGGUACAAGCCCCCCUGUUCGUCCCUCCACGUGCUCGCUACCACCCGCCAGCCCCCCCACAGGGCCGGAUAUACCACCAGAUCAUCAUACCUCGGCUGCCCCCGGCACCUUAUGUGCCCCCGCUGCAACACCUGCCCCCCCUGAACAAUAAUAACCAGCACAACCACAACCCGCCCUUCAACCCCCACCACAACAUGGACCUGCCCAUGCACUAUGGACCCCCACCACACUACUACAGACGCUACUAACACUGUGUGGUGAGUGUGCCACUUGUUCAAAUGCAAACACUACUUUAUAGCCAAGCUUGUCACAUUAGAGCUUUCAUUUCUGAUGAACAAAUCCUCUCUUGCAUAACAAACACUGAAAUCAAAACUGCAUUUAUGGGGAAAUUAGGAGACAUCUGCGCUCUUUGCCUUCUGCUAAUUGUUGGAGCUCAAUAUUCAAGAGGAUGUUCCCUUUUUUCAUCUUUUUCUCUUUACAGACCCAAACAGAACGGAUGGACAGCUGAGAAUUGAGGCAAUUUAUGUCUGGUUUAUACAGAUAUUUUGAGUAAUAAAAAUGUAUAAAAGGAAAAUAAAUCAUUGAAACUAG